GAGAGUAGAUUUAUAAAAGAUAUUUAAUUUGCAAUUAUUUGGAAAGAUCUCCUGUAGACAAUAAUUUCAUUUAUAUACACAAUGAUAUUUGUAAAUAUCAUUUAACAUAAUAUUCAUAUGUAUUUAGAAGUUUCGUAGAGAUUAUAUAUACAAUAUAUAUACAUUUUUUUUUUUUUUUAAGCGGUUGAAGAUACAUCAAUUUCUUUUAUUUCUAUUAAAUGAAAAAAAAAACAGUUAUGUUUAAUCUCGUACGAAUAUUUUGAUUUGAAUAUUUUGGGGGUGUUUAAAAUUGUAAUAACAACGCGAACGAGGUAUCGACAUGAUUACGAUGAUUAUCAAUUCGAUCAUUCAUCCGAUACAAGGACUGACUACAAUCGACAACGACUGAUGUUCCCAUACGAGCUUCCUAAUGUAAUGCCCGAUUGUGCAUCGCUGCAAUCUCGCUGUUAAGGUGCGCGGCGCGAGAAACCAACAAAAAUGUAAGUGAAUGUUCGCGGUAUAUAUAAAGAAGAUUGGCACUUGCGAGAUGCUGCAACACUCUCUGAGACGUUGCUUGCUUCGAGACGUCUUCGCGUUGUCGGAUCGGGAACAGCGAAAAUACGAAAGAGAGAGAGAGUGUGUGGGGUGUAUGCACCAUUCUUAUGAUAAUACCGUUUUUAAUUAGACGCGAAAUAUUUCUGUGUGAAAAUGUGCGAUUAAAGAAAAGACGUUAGCAAAUAAAAAUUAAAAAAAAAAAAAAUACGGCACAUUCGGCAGUCCAACGAGGAAAGGCAUCUUCUACAUUACAUGUUUUUCGCAUUCGUCUCCUCAGCAUUCGCGCACGGAUUACAAUAAUGUUCUUCACUAUGCGGAAAUGUAAUUUAGAAGAAACCAUCUGUGGUAUGAUAUUAUUCUUGUGUACUCUGUUACUCAGCUUUAGUCGAGCAAAUCUUCGAGAUAGAUAUUCCUCGCAAUCAUUCCAAAACUCGAGGCGUGCAUACUCGUGCACUCCUGUCGAUUCAGCAUCAUUGGAUGCAUUCGGGCCAACUAUCGCGUGCGUGUUGAAAUUUACAUCGAUGAAAAGUGAUGCGUCUGGACCAGAGAGUAAUAUACCAUCACCCACAUACGUUAAAGUAUCGGCGCCUCUGUUAUAUAAGCCUUUACCAAGAACGUCUUCUCUGGUUUACAUUGCGCCACCCAUCGUCAAAUCUGCAUCGGCUAUUGUAGCUACUGAACCGAAGUCGUUGGAAAAAGAUAUCCAGAAUAUGGCGUAUCCCAAAUAUUCCUUUAAUUACGGCGUAAUCGAUGGAUAUACCGGUGACUCCAAAUCAGCGUGGGAAGAACGAGAUGGAGAUACAGUUAAAGGAGAAUAUUCGGUCGUUGAAGCAGAUGGAACUAUUCGUACCGUUUCUUAUACAGCAGAUGAUCGUAAUGGCUUUAACGCGGUUGUGACCAGAAGCGAACCUCCAAAAAACACAAACUCUGCAGCCGAAAUAAAAACAUUUAUACCCGGUACCGUAUUUACAAACGACAGGCAUACAAUUUAACAUAUAUUUAGCUUAAUCUCUGCUAAAAUUUUCUUUCCAUACAAAACAUGUAUUUUUUCUAGGCAAAUAUUUUGCAUAUAUUGAUAGUUUCUUAUAAUAUGUAGAAUAUAUAUUUUUUUUUAUAUUUUAGGGUGGUUCUUUUAUGUGUGCAAUAUAUAUUUAAUUUAUAUUAUAUCUUAUAUCGUAUCUCACGUUUCACUAAACAUUAAACAUACAGUAUAUUUGAGAAAUCGUAUUACAAUCAAAAAGGUAUUUUUUUUUUUUUAUGCAAAAAUAAGUCGAAAAUGUAGAAUAAAAUAUGAAGCUUUGUUUUCGAGAGAAUGAAAAAUUGAUAACAUAUUUACGUUUUUUUAAACUUUAUGUUUCUUUAUAAUCUCUAACUAGUUUGUUAUACAUAUAUUUUUUAUUGAAUUAAUCUCGCGACAAUAUGUGGCUAAUAAAAUAUAUAAGAUACAAGAUGUUCUUUCUACAGUAAAAAUAUAAUUUAUCCUUGAUACAUUAUACAUAAUUUCUUCAAUUAAUUAAUACAUUAUUAUUUUGUUUUAUAUGAUAUGUUUUACUUUUAUGUAUUAGAGUAGAUGUUACGUGUGUCGAGAUAAAUUCGAUAACAUAUGACAUAAAAUUGAUAGAAGUCAAACUUGAAAAAGUGUAAAAUGCUAAUUUUCCAAUUUUUAAAAUCAAGCUUUUUUCAACAAUAACGCAUCGUAUAAACCAUCUCCUAUAUAUUUUCGGUUUAUUUUUACGUAAGGGGAAUUAUUUCUUACCCGAUAGUGUACUAUUAACUAUUACGAUUUCGGAUGUAUUAUGUAUGUAAAGUUGUUAUAUUAACAGUUUUUUUCUGUAUUAUGGUGUAUAAUUUUCUUAUCUUUUUGUGUACAAUAUUCAAUAAAUGUAUUUUCAGAUAAUCGCGUUUCUUUACUUGUAAUUUUAAAUCUUUUUAAUUUUAUAUGUAAGAGAAAAAUAUAAAAAUCUUUGUCAAAAAUAUGAAAAAAAUAAAAAAAUAUUUAUACAAAAAAUAUAUAUAUGUAUAUAAGAUGUAUAUAAGAUAUACACACAUAUAUAUAUAUACAUAUAUACAUAUAUAUACAUAUACAUAUGUAUAUGUGAUAAAAGAUGAAGACCUCUCACCAACAGAAUUAAAUAUUUUAAAUUUUACAAAUCUUGAAGAGAUUUGAGAUAUAUCUUUAUUUUUAUUACUUUAUUUUAUUUACUUAUAUGAUGUAUAUUUAUAAUAGAAAAAAUGAUGUAAUUAUUAAUAUUGUAUAUAAUAGCUUUCCAACUGUUAUAUGCAUUAUCAAAGAAUAAUUUUUAUAUGAAUUUGCGUGUAUAUUUAUCAUUAUAUCUUUUUCUAAAAAAUUGUACUUUUUUCAGCAAAUUUAAAAAAUAGCUUCUCAAGAAUUAAUAUUGCAACAAGUAUU